AAAGGGGCGGGACUUAGACGCAGCCAAUCGCCCGGGGAGAACGGAAAAGGCGGGAAAAAGAGGACCCAAAAGGAAGCUGGAGGCGGCGACCCGGAGCAGGAGAGGAGGGCGGGCCAACGGAAGACCCCACCUCCCGGAGGCGAACGCCGGUCCCCGGCCCCCGGAGCAUAGGUGUCCUCUCCUGCAGCGCCCCCGGGGUCUCAGCGCUGCCCGCCGACGUCCCUGCGGGGAGGCCCCUGUGCGGAGAAGGGUGCCGGUCUCUCUUCUCGGGCGGCGCCCGGCUUCCCAGACUGCACAGACCAGACCUCAGACACCAAAGAAGAGCAGCCAGCAUGCACCUUCCCGAAAGCCUGCAGGACCUGGCCGACAGUGAGACAGUGCGUUUUCUGAGGAGACCAAAGAGCAUCUCGAGGAUCUGCGGAGGGGUCUUUUCCCUGGUCAUCUUUUCCUCUCUGCUAACUGAUGGUUACCAGAACAGGACAGAGAAUCCUCAGCUCCGCUGCGUCCUCAACAGCAAUCAUGUGGCUUGUAGCUUUGCAGUAGAAGCUGGCUUUCUGUCCUUCCUCAGCUGCUUGGUCUUCCUUGCCUUAGACGCCCGUGAGAGCCGCAUCACGGGCAGCCGCUUUAAAACAGCCUUCCAGCUCUUGGACUUCAUCCUGGCUGUCCUCUGGGCAGGUGUCUGGUUUGUGGCCUUCUGCUUCCUGGCCAGCCAGUGGCAGCACUCGAAGUCCAAGCAUUUCCUCUUGGGGAACAGCAGCGCCAAGGCGGCCAUUGCCUUUGCUUUCUUCUCCGUCCCUGUCUGGAUAUUCCAGGCCUACCUGGCCUUCCAGGACCUCCGAGACGAGGCUCCAGUCCCCUACAAGCGCUCCCUGGACGAGGGUGGUGUGGUGCUCAACACCCUUUCCCCAUCGUCCACCAUUAGCCCUGUCAACCCUCCCACCACAGGCCCCAACAGCGUGAGUUACAGCAGCUCAGCACUGUCCCCCUACCUGACGGCCCCAAAGGGCCCCCGCCUGGCCAUGAUGCCAGACAGCUGAACAGCCUUACCCACAUCAGUAAAGAGCUCUUCUCCCUCUGAGGGGUUUCUGAGUAA